AGUCUCACAGUUAUUCACAGCGUUCACACUACCAACAACCAUCAUAAAGCUUGUGGUAAAUUGGCUAUGAUGCUGACAAUCAACUUCCAAUUUUCCUAGUAGUCAGUGUAUGGACUAUGAGCAGUCAUGGCAUUUCAAGAGAUCCUGAUGAGAAUAGGGGGCAUGGGACGUUUCCAGAUCAUACAUGUCACUCUUCUAUCCCUGCCUAUGUUCAUGCUAGCCAGCCACAAUCUCUUGCAGAAUUUCACUGCAGCUAUUCCAAAACAUCGCUGUAGACUCAAUGAUUCUUUGGAGGAUGGCAAUUUUACUGGGAUUUGGGUGGAAGCCUUUAUUCCAAUUGAGGCUAAUGGAAAACCCUCUAGUUGCUUCCGCUAUUCCAGUCCCCAAUUCCAUAUGUUCAAUAUCACCUCUUCAAGUAACACAAGUGAUGCAGAAAAAGAGCCAUGUAUAGACGGAUGGGUCUAUGAUGACAGUGAGUACUCCUUUACUAUCAUUACCAAGUGGGAUCUGGUCUGUAGUCAUCGUAGAAUGAGACAACUGGCUCAGUCCAUUUACAUGGCAGGAGUUCUGUUUGGGUCCAUUGUGUUUGGCGGUCUCUCAGACAAGUUUGGUCGCAGACCUUUGAACAUAUGGUCAAACCUUCAGAUGUUUGUAAGUGGAAUAUGUGCAGCCUUUGCUCCCAAUUACAUCACAUACUGUGUGUUCAGAUUCCUGACUGGAGCAUCUCUCUCUGGUAUUGUUCUCAACUCAUAUUCUCUGAUUGUGGAGUGGAUCCCCACAGAAAAACGAGCUUUCACCAGCACAGCCACUGGAUAUUGUUACACCGUGGGCCAGCUAAUCCUGGUGGGAUUGGCUUAUAUAAUUCGGGACUGGCGCAUGUUACAGUUGGCUGCAUCCGUUCCUUUCUUCAUCUACUUUUUAUAUUCAUGGUGGCUUCCAGAAUCCUGUCGCUGGCUUGUUCUUGGUGGGAAAUAUGAACAGGCCAUCAAAGACCUGAAGAAAGUAGCAAGAAUUAAUAGAAAAACAGAGGAGGGAGAAAAACUUACCAUGCAGACAAUCAAAUAUGACAUGCAAAGAGAAAUUAAUGCUGCUCGUAAGACGAAUUAUUCUGUGAUAGACCUAAUAAGGACUCCUGUGGUUCGUCGCAUAUCCAUUUGUAUAUCUUGCACUUGGUUCUCUACCAGUUUUGCCUACUAUGGUCUUGCCAUGGACCUUCAAAAAUUUGGGCUUAGCAUUUAUAUCAUUCAAGUAAUUUUUGGCACUGUUGACAUACCAGCCAAGUUUUUCUCUUAUUUUGUGAUUAAUUAUGUUGGGCGCCGUGUUCUGCAGGCCUCUGCUUUAAUUUUGUCUGGUGCUGCAAUUUUAGUGAAUAUCUUUCUACCUGAAGACUAUCACGUUGCAAGAAUGGUAAUGGUUGUGUUUGGGAAAGGAUGUUUGGCAGCUUCAUUUAACUGCGUGUACUUAUUCACAGGUGAAUUAUACCCAACCGUCAUCAGGCAGACUGGCAUGGGCUUAGGAACUAUGAUGGCACGCUUGGGAGGAAUUGUUGCUCCACUUGUUCAGAUGACUGCAGAUUAUUAUUACCAUCUCCCCCUCAUUAUAUUUAGCCUGUGUCCUAUUCUCUCUGGAGUUAUAGCUGCUUUUCUUCCAGAGACACUUGGUGUGCCUCUCCCUGAGACCAUUCAGGAGGUGGAAAGAACUGAUCAUGAAGAUGAGGUGACCAAAUAUGCUGAGGAGAUGGCUCUGAAGAACACUGAAUAUGAAACAGUAAAUGGGAAAUCCUAAGACUGCUAAUUUUUCCAUCCAUGGCAAUACCAAACAAAUUGGGGAAAAAACAUACGCACAAUAUUUUGGGAAUUAAGUUAUCACCGCUGUUUAAUUUCAGAUUAAUAAACUUUUGCCAAUAUUAA